AUGCAGCACACAUCGCGGAUCCUGAACGAGGCUGAGUGCAAGUGGCCCCGCGCCAAAGUCAUCCCCGUGCCCAAUAACGACACUGCCAAGGCGUACGCACCCCAUUGCACCAUUCUGCAUCGCUGUGGCGAUGACACGGGCUGCUGCGGCAGCGAGGGACUCAUCUGCACGGCCCGCAACACCACAACUGUCGAUCUCUACUUUCAUGUUACCAGAUUGGGCCGCCCCACUCGAACGGAGCGCCUGACAUUCGUCAAUCACACUCAGUGUCACUGCGUGAGCAGACAUGAGUUCUUCCGAGCGCUGGAGCUGCCCGUGCUCGCGCCAGCGCCCAUCCAGUCCUGCCAGUGUCCGCGAUUCUUCGAGAAGACCUUCCACGACGACGGCUCGUGCCGGUGUGACUGUGGCCGAUCCAGUGAGGACUGCAAAUUGCUCAAGGAGGGCGACGAGGGAUUCUCCUUGGAGGACAGAAGAUGCAUCCAGGAUGGACGAUGUAUGUUGCCCAUUUGUGAGUUCGGAAACUACAUACGGAGAUCGGGACGAUGCCCGAGACGAGAGGACAAGAUUCAGUGGGGAUCAUCGAUGAAUCCGUGA